CUCCUGUUGUGCCUGUUCUCUUUCCAUGUCUAACCAGACCAGCUACCGAGCCUACCGAGCGACAUCACGUUCGAGCUCUGCACGUCGUCUUCUUCGUCGCCGCCGCCUCCUCCCUCGGCCCCGUCUACGACGGCGACGAGGAGCGGCGAGGAGACGUUCAGCGAAGGGAACGGGAGUAGCGCCGCGUACAUCAAAUCGGAACGGGUGGUCAGCGGAAUGCAUUUUCUCACCGACCGUGAGGAAGAUCGUGGUGAUCUGUUGCUGCCUAAAUCGGAGUCCGGCGAGGCUGAGCCGGAAGUGAGGAAACAGCUGCUGGAAUACCUCAUUCAAAACGACGGUUCCGUAGUCUGCAAGUGGUGCGGCGAGGUCCUACCAUCUCGAACCCGUUGGUACAGGCACAAGUACAAACUCCACGUCUCCACCCAGGUCACCCAACCGGCGCCGCUGUUCAAGUGCCACAGUUGUAACGCUUACUUCAAGUCCCGAAAGGGUUACAUCGGUCAUCUCAGCUCCCGCCAUUCUGACAACGAGAACGAUGAGAACAGAGAAGAGCCGACGAACAAGAAGGUCCGGAAGACCUCUGACAUCGGUAAAGGGCCAGACUGGGAACAGCAAAGGGAGAAGGAGGAGAAGCUGGUAGCGGAUAUAAUCGAUCGGGUGAAGAGGGAAUGCGAGGCUCAAGGUGAGACAGUGACGAGACGAGGCUACUCCAGGCGGUCCACCGUAAUGAACAGCUAAGGAAUGGAUAAAGGGACGGAUAAAGGGAAAUGUUGUGCCAUAUCAUCGUCGUACGAUGCCCUUCUCGUGACACGGCUCGAAGAACGUCACGAUCAGGCAAUAGGCAGAGAUUGCUAUACCUGCCGACGUCCGAUCCUCCUCGUGUCUUUUAGCUUGCCACGAGCAGCGCUAUACAUACAUUGAUUAAGCGAAUUAACACAC